UUGGGGUCUAUUUCGUGGAAUAUUUCGUAGAUUACGUCAGGGUAAUAAGGAAUAUCCUUAUCCAGCCGACAAAACAUCCACUCGGCCCUUCUCAUAGUAUCUUCAGAAACCUCGGGAAUAGAGUCACCGGUAAUUUCAGACAAAAGGUGUUUUUUUACGGCCUCCAUUGGCGUAAUACUGCUCUUUAGUAGCACUGGGCACGGCAUUAGCAAUGUCCUUACCACACUCAUAACAUUGCGACGACGUGUCAUCUUCUAUUUGCAUCUUCUUGCCACAACAAAUAUAUUUCAACGGUUCGGUUUGUUUCUUUAUUGUCUGUAAUAAACUGAUAUUGGGCGACUGCGUUCUACAAUAAUUAGCAAAUUGCCGAAUUUCGAGGAAGAAGACAUUGUCCGACGAUGGUGUAAGCAGGGUGUCAAAUCAAAGUGCACGAUCAUCCAGUGAAUCAGAAAGUAACUCUUCAAACGACGAAUCAAAUCAAAGUGCAGAAUCAUCCAGUACUCCCCACGAGUGGCUGAAAGAUCAUCCUUGGCAAGAUCAUCAAGCUAAUGAUUACUUAAAUGAAGACUUUGAUAACCUGAUCAGCUAUUCAAAUAGAUACCCAGUCAGCAAAAAAUGGAAACAGGGGGAGAAAAUUGAUCUUCGAAGAGUUUACAGAGACCUUCCCACAUUUAUACAAGAGAUAAAACCGAAAGAGACCCAGUCUGAUGAUGGCCAGAGACAGAACAAAUCUCUAGAAGAAGGACAUUAUACAGCUAAGUCUUUACCUGACCCUUCAACUGGUACCACAAAUAAAGAUUUUGAGGAGCAGAAUCUCGAUGUCAACGGAGACAUGCUAAAAGUGAGUGUCCCUAAACAUAAGAAAACGUUCUUAGAAAAGUCUGGCUUUACGUCAGCCGAGCGCCCUAAUCUUACUAGAAGAUGGAUUUUUAUUCCUUCAUAUAUGCGCGCAAACUGUGGUCUUUUUGACUGGAGUGAAGCGGGCAUAGAUGAAGAGAUCACCAUUAGAAUAAUUGUAGUACGGCCAAGUCAGUUUGAGGAAUAUCAGAAGCAUUGUGGUAAUUAUUUGCCCAUCAUUAGUCUCCCAGACAACAAAAUAGGUGUCGGGUACGCAAGGUACUGGAUUCAAAAGAUCGCAACUUCACUGGGCCUCAAGUAUAUUUGGAUGAUUGAUGAUGAUGUAAAACAGUUUUAUGAAGUUCACCCAAAACGUCGUCGUAAACUAAAAAAGAGAUACUAUUUACGUCGCCGAAGAUUCAAUGAAGUUUUUACGAAAUUUGAAAGCAUUGUUAAAGCAAAUGAGGGUAACAAUUUGGUUGCAAUAAGUCCCUUAGGUUUCCCCAAUUUAAAGUUUAAAGAGGAAGAAGCCUUUGUGCGUAAGCCUCCUAGAGCUGCAGUAUUCCUAAAUCUAAAGCUCAUCAAUGAAAAAGGCGUCAGUUAUCGCCCUCAGCUUGUAAGGUUUGAGGACAUGUUAUUUGGUAAAGAAUGCGAGGAAAAAGGCCUGAAAGUGAUAAUGUGGCGACGAAUUCAAGUUUACUCCAUAAAAAAUUGGAUUAAAACAGGUUGCAGUUCGCCUGGUGGUGGAGGCGGUGGUGAUGGUGGUGAAGGUGAUCAGUGAAGGUGAUGAUGGUGAUG